CAUAGAUUGUUUAGAGCCUGAGGAAGGACAUAUGCUACUUUUCAACUAUAAAAAGGGGUUGUACUUAGUAAGGUCCAAAAGUUUCCGGCCUAACCGCAUUGGAUUAAUCAAAGAUAUCAAACUAGCUUCACAUUGAAUAACUUGACUUUUAUCGACAUACCCACAAUUAAAAGUAUUAGUAUAUGUUAAAGGGGUAUUAAUCGUACACGUAAAGAAACAACAGCUAUGUUUAUUAUUUGAUUUAUUUUAAACAUUGUUUCGAAAAAGUAAAACAACUUAAUCAGUACAAAUCAAUACAAACAAUAACUUUGUCGGCGCAUCACACAUGCGUGUAGGCGACACCGGUGCAGGCGCGGGGAGCGGGGCCGAACGACGGCCGCUCGCGCGUCGCGGCGCUUCCUACCAUCACUCCGUUCACGGACGCGCUGACCAUCGGGCAUUUCACUGUUAUCUACUCAUUGUUAACUACAGUAAUAAACCAUUAUACAGUCCACUGCCUUUGUUGUAUCGACCCGACUGAGCCCAAUCAUUGGUCCUUCGAUCGCGCAAAUAUAAUUACACCAGUUUUGCUGUAAUUAACAUCGUCGUCAACGUGUACAUUCGUCGUGCGGGCCGUCGGACUUUGACCGCUCGCGAGUACAACGUGGCCGAGAAGAUUAACAACGAAGUCGUUCCUGUAUCAGCUUGCAUCGUCAUCGUGGGAGUCACUAUUUGGGAGUAUAAUACAGUCUUUGAGUGAGUCCGUUCCAAUUAGUUAUUUUUUCACACUUUUUCUUACCCGAAAAUCGUUAUUCUAUUUUCCAAAUCCUUCGGUGAAUAUUUAAUUUUUCCCUCACGCUUUCCUUUUAGUGUUUCUUCUUAUUUAAAAUUGCACUGCAUAUUUAAAUACGAACAUUUCGUUGAAAAAACGCUUAGUCAUUAGCUAAUUGCUUUAUAAUCCGCGUCGAGUCGUUGACCUUGACAUUAAUUAUCGACACCUUUUGUUCACGCACAGCUGUUUUGCAGUUGUUAUUCAUUACUAUCAUUAGUAUUGCUGUGAUUUCGCUUUAAAAUGGCUGAGUUAAAAACAUUGACUAAGAAACGUAGUUCAAUUAAAUCAAAGACACAAAUUGAGGUGCUUGCCGACGACGCCGAUUCCGCGUUUACUGAGCGAGAGGACUUCGACCGCCAGUUCUUCAAUCUGGUGGCACUCACGCGCAGCUUGCUUGGCGUUUCGUCCAACGUUGCAGGAUCGGAGGCGGGCUUCAAAGAUGCUGACUCAGGUGCACACAAUUCAUUUAGAAAUGGUUUUGUUCGUUUGCCUAAAAUAGAUUUGCCUCAUUUCGAUGGGAACUACCAAUCCUGGCUUGAGUUUAGAGAUACGUUUGGGUCACUGAUUCAUGAUAAUAAAACAAUAAGUGAUAUUAACAAGUUCCACUACCUGCGAGCCUCACUACAAGGAAACGCAGCUUUAAUUAUUAAAAACUUAGAUUUUAAAGCAAGUCAUUAUAAUAUUGCGUGGAACCUGUUGUGUGAGCGGUACAAUAACAACCGCCUUCUUGUGAAUAACCAUUUGCAGGCUUUAUUUGAUGUAGGCUCAAUAAUAAAGGAGUCAAGUGAGUCGAUUAGAAAUCUAGUAGAUGUAAUUAAUAAAAAUAUUAGGGCACUUACCACAUUAAAAAGGCCCACUCAAUAUUGGGAUGACAUAAUUAUUUAUUUCAUGAGUAAAAAAUUAGAUUUAAUGACUAGUCGUGAAUGGGAAGAACAUAGGAAUAAUCAUUUAAAAGAUGAUCCUACUUUAACAGAAUUUUGUACCUUUUUAGGCAAGAAAGCGGACUGGUUAGAAUCAGUGGAGUCUAACUGUAAUCUUUCAGGUUCGAGUACUAUUGUAGCCUUAAAUAAUAGUAAUUUUAAUAAAACUAGUACUAAUAAUAUAAUAAUAAAAAAGUCGAAUAAUAAUAAUAAUAAAUGUCCACUCUGCUCCCAAGCACAUACAUUAUAUAAAUGUGAAUCUUUUAGAGGCUUAUCUAUAGAAGAUCGCAUUAAAAGGGCAAACGAAUACAAUGUGUGUUUAAAUUGCUUACGCUUUGGCCACACUCCUAAAAAGUGUCCAUUUUCACGUUGCAAAUAUUGCAAAGUAAAGCACAAUACGCUUUUGCAUUUAGAAAAUAAUGAACCUAAAUCUUUUGCCAAUCCAUUGCCUUCUGCUUUACUUUCUGCUUCCCCUUCUUCUUCAAAUGUUGUGCUUUCAGCCAAUACUAUGCAGCUUGCUACUUCUUCGCAUAUUUUACUGUCCACAGCUGUCGUGAAGGUGACUGCCGUGACCGGUAAGCAGUACACUGCGCGUCUUUUGCUGGACAACGGCAGCACGGCAAACUUUAUAACGGAGAAGUUAUCGGAGAAACUGGGUUUGUUACGACGCGGUACGAGUGCCAAGGUAACGGGUAUUAAUAAUCUUGUAUCCACCAGUACACAGUCUUGUCACCUAUCAAUAGGGUCUUUAUGCUGUGCCUUCACUGUAGAUAUUGAUUGUCAUAUUAUACCUGAAAUUACAAAGGUACUCCCGUCUUCAUUCGUACACAUCAAGCAUGUCCCUAUUCCUUCAGGUCUUAAACUGGCAGACCCGAACUUUAAUGUUCCGUCGGUCGUCGACAUCCUGGUAGGGGCUGAAGUUUUCUGGAAUGUCUUAGGCAGCAACAGAAUAGACUUAGGGAAAAACUUACCUAAAUUAUGCGAGACGAAACUCGGAUGGCUUGUAUCUGGUAGUAUUUCGCAUCAAUCUAGCUCUAUUUCCCAUGCAUCUAAUAAUCUUUGCUAUCAUUCCCAUGUCACUCCCGACUUAACUCAAUUCUGGGAGCUUGACACCAUCUCAAGCAAACAUUCGCACUCUCUUGAAGAGAGAAUGUGUGAGCAACUUUUCGCGCAAACCACCGUCCGUAAUGACGAUGGUGCGUUUGUAGUUAAAAUGCCUUUAAAGGGCGAUCCAAGCUCUCUAGGACAAUCCUACGUAAAUGCUAGGAAUCGUUUUUUAUCUCUAGAGAAGCGGUUUAAGCGUGAUCCAUCCUUUCAAACCAAAUAUUAUAAUUUUAUGCUAGAGUACGAGCGCUUAGGUCACAUGACAUUAGACGCCGACUGUACUUCCUCUGUCGAAUCACAAUCCGUGACAAAGUAUUACAUUCCACAUCAUGGCGUCAUUCGGAAUUCCAGUACCACUACUCAACUACGCGUAGUCUUCGACGCAUCAGCUCCUACUAGUACGGGAGUGUCUCUUAACGACAUUCAGAUGGUCGGUCCGGUAGUGCAAGACGAUCUGUUUUCUAUUUUAACACGUUUUCGUCAGCAUAGAUACGUGGUAACAGGCGACGUAGAAAAAAUGUACAGAGCCAUCGAGCUUAGUCCAGACCAGCGUUCCCUUCAAAAAAUUAUCUUCCGCUUUGAUCCCUUAGGACCUCUUAGGACUUACACAUUAAGUACAGUGACAUACGGUACUGCGUCUGCUCCCUAUUUGGCCACCAAGUGUUUGGUGAGUCUGGCUGAUAACAUUGAGGAUAGUCGCGCACAGUGCGCCAUACGGCGUGACUUUUACGUCGACGACUUUCUCAGUGGAAGCAAUACAAUUCAAGACACUGUAGAAGUCACUAAAAUUGUUAAAUCGGUUCUUUCUUCGGCAAAAUUUAAUUUACGAAAAUGGCGAUCAAAUAAUUUGGAAAUCUUAAAGCAAAUAAAUUCUAAUAAAGUUAAUAAUGAUUCAUAUAAUAUUUUACAUUUUUCAGAGCAGCACCUUAACUGUUCACAGUCUAAAACCCUAGGACUUAACUGGGUCUGUGACACUGAUUCACUUACAUAUACAAUUAAUAUUACGUCUACUAGUAAAGUCACCAAACGCCAUGUCCUUUCUGUUAUCAGUCAGAUUUUCGACCCACUGGGCUUGGUGGGUCCGUGCGUUGUCGAAGCCAAGAUACUUAUGCAACGUCUUUGGCUAGAUAAAUAUGACUGGGACGACGCAGUCUCACUUGAGAUUAGUAAUGCUUGGUCUGUGUUUGAGAGUACCAUUACAUCGUUAAAUAAUUUAAAAAUUCCUCGUUGGGUUUUGCGUGAAGACUCUAUUACACACGAAGUACACGUCUUUACCGACGCUUCUGAAAAGGCGUACGGCGCUUGUGUGUACAUUCGAUCAUCUAAUAGUGUCGGAGUCACUGGCGUACAACUUCUAGUAUCUAGAAAUCGUGUAGCACCAAUUAAAUCCACUACAAUCCCGAGGCUUGAACUUUGUGGGGCUUUGUUGGGUGCAAGGCUGUGUACUAAGGUUCAGGAAUCACUCACCAUACCCAUUCACAAGUGUAGAUUCUGGUGUGACUCAACGAUCGUUUUAUGUUGGCUCUCUACUCCUUCCAACCAACUAAAACCUUUUGUUAGAAAUAGAGUCAACGAGAUACAGGAGAGCACAUGUGGUCAUACCUGGAACUACGUACCGUCGAAGGACAACCCGGCGGAUCUUGUUUCCCGUGGUCUUCGGGCCGACAUUAUCAAGGACACACCCCUCUGGUGGUCCGGACCUUCAUUUCUGUCACUUAACGAAAAUGAAUGGCCCACAAUGCCAAAUACUGAGAAACAUGAUUUGCCGGAAGUAGUAACUCAUUUCAUUAGUAGCAAUAGCGAUCAUCAUUCAUAUCAUAAUCGUUCAGACGUUAACAUUAAUUCAUCAAUCAUACAUAACUUAUUAGAAAGGUAUUCUAUUUUUACAAAAAUACAUAAAAUAUUUACAUAUGUACAACGCUUUAUUUACAACUUAAAAAAUAAAAAUAAAUUGCAUGGUAAUCUUUCUACACUAGAACUAGAAAGGUCAUUAAAUUUAAUUAUACAUCAUUCUCAAAUUGAAAUGUUUCCGGAAGAGUACCACAUUUUAAAGUCUGGACAGAGAUUACCACGUAAAAGUAGGUUACUUCCCUUGUCCCCAUUCAUUGACGAUCAUAACCUCAUCCGCGUGGGCGGAAGACUUGAUAAUUCACCCUACGAUUUUAAUGUGAAACAUCCCAUUCUUUUAUGCAGCAAGCACAUUCUCACCAAGCUUAUAUUUCAAAUGCAACAUUUAAAGCUUGCACAUGCUGGUCCACAUUUGUUAUUGUCACAUAUACGACAAACUUAUUGGCCUCUAGGUGGUAGAAACCUAGCAAGGUUUGUCGUGAAUAGGUGCCUUAAAUGUUUCAGACACAGGUCUCAAAAUGUGCAGCCGGUAAUGGGUCAGCUACCUAAUAUAAGAACCAAUCUUGAAUUCCCUUUUCUUAAUUCUUAUGUAGAUUAUGCUGGGCCAGUAUUGGUAGCUAACCGUAAAGGCCGCGGGUGCAAACUUACAAAAUCUUAUGUGUGUAUCUUUGUUUGCUCGGCAGUGAAAGCUGUACAUUUGGAGCUCGUCACUGACCUCACCACCGAAGCUUAUAUGGCUGCUUUAAAUCGAUUCGUGGCGCGUCGAGGCAAGCCUCGAAGCAUCACGUCCGAUAACGGGACUAACUUUGUCGGAGCAUCAAAUGAGAUGUAUAGGUUCUUGCAAUCAUCAAAUGUUGCAUCUGAGAUGGCGCAGGAGGGCAUCGAAUUUAUUUUCACGCCUGCAUACAGCCCUCAUUUUAAUUCAUUAGCUGAAGCUGCUGUUAAAUCUUGUAAGCAUCACUUAAAGAGACUGCUGCAUCUCACCCAUUUCACAUUUGAGGAGAUGGUCACUUGUCUCACUCAUAUAGAGGCGGUUUUAAAUUCACGCCCUCUUACUCCUCUUUCUUCAGACCCUAACGACUUUUCGGCUCUCACUCCCUUUCACUUCCUAAUUGGACGGCCAUUCUUAACUGUACCACACCCUCAGGUGACUGCAGCGAACAUUACGACGCUGGAUCGCUGGAAGAGGAUCCAGUACAUCAGGCAGCACUUCUGGGGCCGUUUUCAUAAUGAGUAUACUUCUCUGCUGCAGGCAAAAUCAAAAUGGUUUCGUUCCAGAGGUGAGGUAAAGGAGGGCACUUUAGUCUUGAUCAAAGACAAGGCAGCGCCACCCCUACUGUGGUCCCUGGGUCGGGUCACGAAGACCUACCCGGGCGUGGACGGGAUCACACGAGUGGCUGAGCUGAAGACGAAGAGGGGCACCAUUCGUCGUGCAUUCAACUGCAUCUGCCCCCUUCCAGUCGACCACUGAAGAAGAUUUGAAGACUUCCCUUCAACCCGGGGAAUAUGUCGGCGCAUCACACAUGCGUGUAGGCGACACCGGUGCAGGCGCGGGGAGCGGGGCCGAACGACGGCCGCUCGCGCGUCGCGGCGCUUCCUACCAUCACUCCGUUCACGGACGCGCUGACCAUCGGGCAUUUCACUGUUAUCUACUCAUUGUUAACUACAGUAAUAAACCAUUAUACAGUC